AUGAGCGAAAAAAAUUUGGCCCCACCGAGUCAGAUUCAAGAGCAGGUGGGGUGUAGAAGUGACGCCAGCGAACACAUUGAAGAGCGUAAAGGCAAACAUGACAAUGGUGACAUCACAGGGGAUGAAACAGUAGGGAGCACCGAAGAGGGAAAUCAAAAUGCAACAAUACAGGAGACCGAAAAAGGAGAAACAAACGACGCCCUAAAUGAUGUCAUCAGCAAAUACUUAAUGAAUGUCACUUGUGAGCAAAAGGUCGCUUCAAUCGAUAACGCCAAUGGCAUGGUGGCCAACACACUGGCGGAGGAUAUAUACCCAUAUAACUACCUCUACCCAAACGGUGGUGUGGAAAGCUGUUGGAACCAUGUAGGCAACCCCGAGCAUGCGGCCUUCACUGGCAUCAGCAACUUUGUGGUUAGCCAAACGGAUGAAGCUGCUACCUUGGGCGGAAACCAAAAUAAUAACACAUGCGCAGUGCAGUUGGGGACAGCAAGCGAUGAGUACAUGCUACACCCAAAUGAAGACACACUUGCAAAUCAAAACAGUCACCUUAAUUAUAUAGGUGUAGUAAAUAACAUGUGCGGAAAUUAUGAACCCUAUGGAGGUGCCUUCCAAAAUUUUAAUUACCACAGUGAGGAAGAAUUCUUUCAUGAUGCAAAUGCAAAUGAUGUAGAUGGGUACAGUGACACGUAUAGCGAAAUGAAAAGCCCACCUCCAGAAACAACGCAGAAGAGAAAAACUUAUUCAGACAAUAUGGACAUGUGUGGACCGACGAGCAAAAUGAGGAGGAAAGGAAUUAACAACUGUUACUCAGUCGAAGAGACACAUAAAAAUGGAGAAAACAAUUUGGAGGGAAAAAAAAACAACCUAUAUAGAAAUAACUCCCAGUGGAAAACGAAAGAAAGAAGUCCCUCAUACCUCAGGGAACAUUCUGGGCUGUAUAAAGGGGCCUUCAAAAAAUGGGAUCGUAACCAAAUUGGCACUAGGGAAAGAAAGGAAGCAGGAGAAGGAGGGGAUAAUAGCCACGAUGUGGUGGGUAAAAAACCAUUCUUGAGUAAAUGGGAUAACGUCGAUGAGGGGGGAGAUAGCUGUCACCAAGGUGUUCCCCCUGGGGAGACAUGUUAUAAUGACUCCAGAGGGAAUUACCUGGGGAGGGCAAGUCAGUUUGGUAGAGGCAGAUCAAGUCAGUAUGGCAAGGGAAGGGCAGGCCUGUAUGGCAAAGGCAGGUCAACUCAGUACGGUAGAGGUAGACUCAGUCAUGUGGAGAGGGGGGGGAGGUCCCUCACGCAUGACGCAGAUAAGUCCACUCAGGAUGACCGUGACCGAUUUGGGAAAUACAACGUUGAUCAGCCGAAUCAGUAUGGUUAUAAUGGACACAGUCAGUAUAAAGCGAAUAAAAACAACCAGUACGAUCGUGACGAGGCUGUUCAGUAUGAGCGUGGCAAGACCAACCGGCACGACCGCGGCCAUGCACAGGAAGCCGAAGAAAACCGUGACACGUACCGAGGGAGGAAAUACAAGUGCAACAUAUUCGACGAAGAGUGCUACAUCAUUGAGUGCAAAAGUUAUGGAAGCGAAGAGAUGGAGGUGCCGGGCCCCCUUAACAGCAUGGAGGACUUAUGCACCCUAUGUGGAAACAACCUGUACAGGAACAUCUGCGAGAAGGGAUACAGCCAAAUGACUACGGUUCAGAAGUACUCCAUCCCAAUAAUAAUGAAAAAAAUGAAUUUGAUUGCGUCUUCACAAACAGGAAGUGGAAAAACUUUUUCCUUUCUCUGUCCAGUAGUUACAAAUUUGAUGAAAGAUAAUGACACGUUGAGGCCUCAUUUCCCUGGGGCCUACGCGUGCGUUUCUCCCUUGGGGUUGGUCCUCUGCCCCACGCGAGAGUUAGUCCUGCAAAUAUUGCACGAGGUUAACAGUUUGACGAAAAAGAUGGGUCUCGUUUGUAUGGCCUUUUAUGGAGGAGAGACGAUGAAAGAUCAGGUUGUGCAGAUAAACGAACGUCAGGCGGAUAUUAUCGUGUCGACUCCGGGGCGACUACUCGAUCUAAUGAACAGCUGUAAGGUCAGUCUGUCUUUUGUGAAAUAUUUAAUCUUAGACGAGGCUGACGAAAUGAUUUCCCUUGGCUUGAAGGAACAGAUGAACGCCAUAUUAUUUGAACAAGAUCUUUGUGCUAAUGAUGCUAGACAGACCAUAUUAUUCACAGCUACCUUCUCCGAUAGUCUGCGGGAGGAUAUUGAACAGUUCAUGGCCACUCCGUAUGUGUUUUUGAAUAUCACACAGAAGAGGGAGGUGCGCAAUUCUAUUAAGCAGGUUGUCAAGUACGUGCCCGCCAAGAGUAAGCAGGACGAGCUGCUCAAGGACCUGAAGACUCUGCAGGGACAAGCCAUCAUCUUUGUGGAGCUGAGAAGCUCAAUUAAUUACAUUUUCUCUUUGUUGAAGUCGAAUGGGUAUAACGUAAAUUACCUGCACGGGAAAAUGAGUCAGGCUCGGAGACAAGCCGUGUUUCAACAGUUCCGCGAUAAAGGAUUUCAGGUGUUAAUAGCUACGUCCAUCGCGGCAAGGGGCCUAGAUUUCCCCGACCUAGAGUUAGUAAUAAAUUAUGACCUACCAGCCGAAUUUGAGCAGUACAUGCACAGGAUUGGUAGGACAGGCAGGAUUGGAAAAACCGGACUAGCCAUUAACUACUUUAACAGUUCAAAUAAAAUAAUUAUUGACAAGCUCAUUGACCAUUUGAGGAAGUAUGACCAGAACGUUCCCCAGUGGUUGCUCAAUUUUAAGUAG